GGCAAUCAAUGUCAAGACAAUCUCUUGAUAUGUUACAGAUACUGAUGAGUGUGUUGAAGAGACACACGACUGCGGGGGAAAUUCUCUCUGCAACAACACGGUCGGUGGCUACGAAUGUGUUUGUGAAGACGGAUACUCUCCUUUGGACGGCAGAAAUGUUAACUGCACGGGGCUUGUACCUACAUCAGUAACUCUUCCUGUAACUGCUUCAAUUACUGCGGAAUUUGCUGCUCUGGAAUUUGCUGCUCUGGACACUGCUUCAGAAACUAUUUCAAUGGAUGUUUUGGGGACCCCGCGACCAGCACGGGAAGUAAGAGAGCCAGGUCUGACAGUGGGGCUGACCCUGGCGUUAAUUCUGACGCUGUUGCUAGUAGUACUGGUGACUGCCUUAUCACUCUUCAUUGCAUGGAGGAGACACAAGAGACAGAGAGCGAGGAGGUUCAGACACUAUAAGUUUAAUGUGGAAUCUGUAAGUUGCUUACUACAUGAAAGUAAUUAUGUACACAGGAAGGAAGAGGCUAGGCUAGGAUAUCACAUUGUCAGGGCUAUUUUACCACAAUCUGCAUGUUUGUGCAGUGAAAUGCAGAUGGCAGACUGUAAUAUUCAUCGUGAUGUCACUUUAUUUUGCAAACACACACCUUUUUAAUGAACAUUGGAUAAUUUAGAAUCCCUGCUACCAUCUGUCAAACAGACCAAUUGUUUUUCUCUAGUUGACUAGCUAAAGCUAGAACUUUUCACAACACUAUAGUCAAUACUCUAGUGUUUUCCACAAUGUAGUCUAUAUAUAUAUAUAUACGUCUCGUUUCUGCAGAAACUGGACGUGAUGUACGACCCGGGAGUCCUCAAACUGGACGCAACGUUCACAGUCCACAGCUCAGUCGGGAGCAUUUUCCACGAACUCACCUACGAACGAGAGAUGUGUUCUUAUUCCCCCACCCCGCACACCCCUGUCGUAAAAGAUGAAACGAGAAUCAAAAACAAGGCAGCUGAGGGGGACGACGCUGGUGCUGCUGAUACAGACGUGGCACACGCAGAGAAGAAGAACGAGGGAGAUGAAGAGAGCAAUAGCUCUAGCUUGGAAAGUGGGAAGGGGACGAACAGCGAGAGCCCCAGGCAAUCAUUCCUCGUUAAUGCUGCCUCGGGAGGUGACGACAACUCGUGUCCCCUCUCGCCAUCUAGUAUAGCUCUGGAACUGGGCACCAAUGACAGCAACAGUAGCAGUGGGAGAAGUCGAGCUGCGUCCCUGCGGCAGAGUUGUGGCGACGCACGCUCCACCGUGGGCUACGUCUCAGAAACUACAAACGGUUUAUCGCACACCACCGGCAGUGGUGGCGGGGCAACAAUAACCAGUAAUCAAUGGGAAAUCCCCGUAUUUGAGGACCUAACAUGGCAGCCCUCUCCGGCCAACGUGGACAGCGGCGUGGAAUUUCGUGCAACAGGAUACGUCUCUGAACCAAAUGAGUUACGAGUCACUUCAACCUUCUCGGGUGGACCUGCUACUCCACUCCCCACAGGGAAAGAAGACUGUCAAAUGGGCACUAGUGGACACAGAAACCUCUGGUCUCGUUACACUUCUGAUUCCAGUGGUGGUGUGGGGUGUCCUAGCGGAUACGUUACCAGGGAGACCACUAUGACUGUCAGAGAACGCGAACAACAACCAGCACAACAACCAGCACAUCCGCCAGGUAAACAAAUGACACAUGAGACAAGUGCAGAGCGGACAAGGCGACAACAACAACAACAUAGGAUUGAACAUCAAGAGUGCAGCGAACAGCACAAUAUACAGCAAAAGCAACACCAAAUUGAACAACAACAACAACAACGGCAACAAAACCAACAACAAGCCAGAAUUGAGAGGGCAGUGUCGUCCCUCUCGCUCAAUAUCAUCACAGAUCUCGAGCAAGCCUUCCCGCUCGCCUCACGUUUUGCCUCCUACGAGAGCCUGUACCUCUCCGAGAGCCUACCCCAAUUAAUGCCCACCAAGCCCGACUUUCCACCUCUUGGCCUCGGCAGCACCACGGCAGAGGGGAGGGAAGAGGAGCAGGUGCUGGAUACGUGGACGAUAACCUCAGCACUACUCUUUUUGUCCAACCUGACACCGACUCACCUCUUAACCCGCACCCACUGCUCAACUGACCACCAAUAAUAUUGAAGAUAGCACACGUAUAAGGACAUCAGGGCAUACACGGCAAUAUGGCGUAUCUCCCUACACCCCACAUCUAAGCGAUUCACCCACUCUGUUUUCGCAGAGUCGCCACAACCCUCCUGAUCCGGUUCCCUUUGAAAAGAGCGCAGACCUGGUGCAACCUACUCGGCCAGUUGCGUGACUAUAUAAACCUCGAAAACAACCUUCGUACUCCCAAAUCGUCUCCUCCAAACGGCAACAUUACUCUUCCGGGGG